AUGGUCCGUGGCGGAACUAUCAUGAUACCGUAUCUGGUGGUAGGCUUUGUGAUCAUGUGCGUGUGCAGUAUCAUAUCAGUGAUGACAAGAGCUCUGUACAUGCAUCAAGAAAAUUGGUACAAGAUCGCUCUGGCUAUAAUGGCUUGCCUUACUCCCUUACUUUCGUGCUCAACAGCUUUGGCCAUGAUGUUCAUGUGUGGCAUACGGUUCGCUUCCAUCCUCUGUGUUAUACCGUUCCUCGUUCUCUCCAUCGGUGUCGACUCAUCGUAUCUAAUGAUUCACGAAUGGCAGCGGGUUACAGAACAUAUGCGAGAAACGCCGCGGAAGAAGGACAGUGUUGGUCAGCGAAUGAGUGAGGUACUGUCGGAAGUCGGCCCAGCAAUUCUCAUCUCGUGUCUAACCAACGUUUUUGCUGACGCCGUCGGUUCGUUCACCUCAUCCCCGGAGAUCACGCUGCUUUGUACCGGCAACAUGCUGUCCAUGUGCGUCGCGUUCGUCUAUCAGAUGACGUUCUACGCCGGUCUGAUGACGCUCGUGGGACGGCGUGAAAUCGGCGAAGAUCUCGAAGAGAAGAAUAGAAUGGCUAUCAGCAUUGCCGAAAAUCGCGUCAACAUUGCUAAGCACCAUAGGACACUUACGCGUAAACCGUCUAAAUUCCACGAGGCUACGAAGCCGGUGAUCAGUAAAUGCAUGAAAGACUAUGUUGAGACUAUGACAACUCCAGUGGUCUACGUCGGAAUAUUCCUCAUCUACCUAGCCUAUCUAGCGAUGAGCAUCUACGGAAUUACUAGGAUCAAUAUUAGACUGACUGCAACAAAACUCUUCGCCACCGACUCGCCCCUGCUGGAGCUUGAACGGCAAUCUCGUAUCACAUAUCAAGUACCCGUCUACUCGAUGGCCACCGUAUUCGUCAAGAAUCCCGGCAAUCUGUCGGAGCCGGAGCGAUUACAUCGGAUUAAUGAGUAA